AUGGCCCGUUCAAAGCGGGAGUACUCUCGAGGAGGUUGCCGGGAAUGCAAACGCCGCAAGAUCAAGUGUGAUGAGACGAAACCCCACUGUCUCAAGUGUAUGCGGUUAUCCAAGCAGUGCAGCUACCCGACACCGGGGGAGACAGUAUUAAGAGUCCUGAAGCAGUACAUGAGUGAGAAUCCUAUUGAUGAAUCAAAAAGCAACAUCAAUAUCCACUACUAUAAUCCCGAAGUGAAUAAAACGCAGAAAACUCCGCCCAAUUCUGAAAACUAUCGAGGAGAUGAAACCAUUGAAAGUCGAGAUAGCCAUGCACGCAAUAACAGUAUUGAUUUAAAACCUGAACCGACAAUUUCACCGCAAGUUUUAUCAGAACUUUCACCGUCGCUCCUAUUCUCUCAGGACGACCUUCAGCUGUUGGUCACUGACGUCAAUUGCAUGGUUCUGGACUUGAUACCACAAGACAUUGUUUCCAUUGAUGAGAUUGCGUCGUUAUGGGAACUUCCUCACCAACUGACAUUACCAUCGGUGCAAUCAUCAAUUAUAGACGGAGUUCCUAGCGAGUACAUGUCCCCUCUAGCUCUGGAUGUGGAACGGAAGUACAUGAGAUUCUUUUAUCAAGAGUUUGCCAUGCAAAUUUGCCCCUUCGGAGUAUUUGAUCCAGUUAACGGUGGUUACGGCAACCCUUUGCGAGACUGCCUCUUGCGAUACGGAUUUCGAGAGGCUUAUCUACUUCUGGCAAUCCUUGCACUCGGGGCCAAAUGCGAAUUUGAAGAGUUGGAAAAGGCACAAGGUGCGAAUGAUUUGAUUGAAGCCGCUAGAGAUGCAUCGUGGAAAUACUUGAGUCAGUGUCUCAAACUCCUAGGACCAGCGCUAGUUCUGAAUCAGGAACACAGCGUUCGUCACGACAUGCUCGAAAACCUAGAGCUGAUAUUGCUUACAGUGCUUUUAUUGGCGCUGGCUAAUGCUCUGCUGCAUCGUCAAAAUUGGCGGCCGCACUUGAAAGGCGCCAAGGAUAUCAUAAUAAAAGCCACCAAUCUGAAAAUUCGGCAACUGAAAACCUUGAUUUUGUGCAAAAUGUGGUUCGUCGAUUUUGAAAUAUUGGCAGGGACUCUGCUGGCAUUGGGUGGGACGUUGUCCACAGAUUUCGAACUUGACUCAGUACUUCUGUUCUCAAACUCGUAUGAGAUCAAAAUAUUGAGAGAGUUGGGAAUAAUCCAAGAAAAUGGCUUUAAUGUCAUAUCAGGAUACCACUUUGAAGCCAUUGAAUGGUUCAAGGAGUUUUUGAAAAUGCUAAACAGACGCAAACACGAAGGUGCCGAGUACAUUGCCAAUGACCUGCUUGCAUAUAUCAACUUCAUCGCCGCUUUCAAUAAAUUUUACCACACUGCAUACGUCAGCCAUGAGGGAUUGCUUCCAGCUCUGUUUGUACUGACGUACAUUGGUCCGCCACCAAACUUGGUGGACUUAGUACGGGGUCACAAUUUAGAAGGAGAUGAUGUCACUGUGGUGGUCCUGUGGAUGGAUAUCAGUCAACAAGCAUACUCUCUUGCGGCUAUCAUUGCAGUUCAUACUUGGAUACUCAGCCUACCUUACGACAUGCCUUACAUCCAGCUGCUUGUAGCUAAGUUAGUAAGCUUAAUCGGCUGGCUCUCACGGUUCAAUGAUGAUUGUCCGAGUCAAUAUCACCGCUACCUGUUGCUGAUGAUUCAGUGGCCAAUGAUCGUUGCAGGUCUUUGUAGUGAUGACGAGGAUCACCAAAUGUUGUUGCUCAAAUACUUUACCUAUGCUCAGACGUUGGGGUCAUUUCUGGCUGAGAAGAUCAGAAAAAGAUUGCUUGAAAUAUGGGACCGACGAAGACAAGGAUUGACCAUAAGCGGCGAUGUGAUUGAUGUUUUGGCGUAUUAA